CCUUCUCAUCUUCCCUCGACGUCAAUCUCAAUACCUUUACUUUCUUCAUCACAACUCCCCCAUCCAUUUCGACAGACAUUUUUCUGUCGUCUUCUUCACCCUCCUUUAUCCUGGUUUUCAUUUCUGCCCCUUAAUCUACGAUGACGGACAAGCUACCACCAGCGCUCCUUGCGCUCUUCGCGCCGCGCCCACCGCUGCGAUGGGUGGCGCCCAUGGACCAUGCUCCUGCAGAUCGACACACGCCUAAGAUAUCGGGGCUUGGACAGUACAUGCAAGCGCUUAAGGAGUACAAAGAUCAGGACCAUUAUAUCCCGACGGAUAGCUGGCUCCAGAUUCGCGAUCGCAAGAAGCAAGAGAAGAAGGAGAAGCAGGAGAAACUUGUCACUGAGGCAUCUAAGCAUUAUAAUCCGAAGGAAGACCCAAAGGCACAAGGCGAUGCGUACAAGACAUUGUUCGUCGCGCGAUUGGCAUAUGGCACAACCCAAAACGAUCUCGAGAAGGAGUUUGGGCGCUUUGGUCCCAUUGAACGGAUACGAAUUGUUGAAGACGUCACCGCUCCGCAAAGCGCGCCGCCCAAGAAGCGCAAACGUGGAUAUGCCUUCAUCGUUUAUGAACGCGACCAAGACAUGAAAGCGGCCUACAAAGAUACAGAUGGUAUUAAAAUUAGGGAUCGACGCCUCGUCGUAGACGUGGAACGCGGUCGCACUGUCUCAGGGUGGCGACCACGUCGCUUUGGCGGUGGACUCGGUGGACGUGGCCUCACAAGGGGUCCGCCAGCCCGUCCCGCCGGUCCUGGAAACUUCGGACCCCCGGCUGGUCCAGGCGGCUUCGGUGGUCGCGGUGGAUUCGGGGGCGGCUUCCGAGGUGGCCGUGGUGGUUUUGGAGGAGAUCGAGGCUUUGGCGGGGAUCGAGGGUUCCGCGGCGGGUACGGCGGCCCUCGAGGUGGAAGUGGGUAUGGCGGAGGCAGAAGCGGCAUCGGAUACCAGUCCAACGGAUUCGGUGCACCCGAAGGAGCUCCAGCCGGCCCGCGUGGAGGUCGAGGAGGAUUUGGCGGUGGUUUCGGUGAAGGUGGCGGUGGUCGCCGUGGAUAUGGAGACGACAGACGCGGAUACGGCGACCGUGGAUCCAGCGGCGCGAACCUGGAGCCACUUGGUAAGGAUCGCGGAAGCUACCGAGACCGAGACCGUGAAGGUGGGUAUGGCGGACGCGACGACAGCCAUGGCUCACGCAAGCGCGGAUACGAAGGGGAAGGCUACGACGACUCACGACAACGGCGCAGGCAGUAUUGAGCUUCCCCGACUUGCACUCGUACAUUCUCGCAUUGGUUUGUCAAACGGUACUUCCUUUCUGCCCUCACAGCUCUUUCCCUUUCGUC